UGAAUUAUUACAAGAUGGCAGCAACUAAGCUACUCACUGACCUUACCAUAACCGCAAAAGACAAUAUCCCCCCUCAAUACAUUCGUCCAUUAUCCGACCGUCCAAACCUUGCUGAUCAGUCUCAUGGUUCACAAGCCUCUAUCCCUCUCAUUGACCUCCGCGGCCUCGAAGAUCCUCGUCGCCGGUCUGAGAUAAUCAAACAGAUUACCCAAGCAUGCCAAGACUUUGGUUUCUUUCAGCUGAAAAACCAUGGAAUACCAGAGACGGAGAUCAACAACAUUGUUAAGGUAACAAGGGAGUUCUUCAAAUUACCAGAGAGUGAGAGGUUAAAGUAUUACUCCGAUGACCCUUCAAAAACCACCAGGCUUUCAACUAGCUUUAAUGUCAAGACCGAGAAGGUCGCGAAUUGGAGGGAUUUCUUGAGACUUCAAGCUUACCCUCUUCAAGACUUCAUCAACGAAUGGCCUUCCAGUCCCCCAAACUUCAAGAAAAAUGUGGCCGAGUAUUGUACGAGUAUGAGAGGGUUAGUGCUGAGACUUCUUGAGUUGAUAUCGGAGAGUUUAGGCCUUGAGAGGGAUUACAUUGACAAGGCACUUGGAAAGCAUGGACAACACAUGGCUUUCAACUACUAUCCACCAUGUCCAAAGCCAGAGCUCACUUAUGGAGUUCCUGGUCACACUGACGUUGGUUUAAUCACCAUUCUUCUUCAGGAUGAUGUGCCUGGUCUGCAAGUUCUCAAUAAUGGCAACUGGGUUUCAGUCCAGCCUGUCCCCAACACCUUCAUUGUUAACAUUGGAGAUCAAUUGCAGGCGCUUAGCAAUGAUCGAUACACCAGCGUGCUACAUCGGGCGGUCGUGAACAGCGGCAAGGACAGAGUAUCCAUCCCGACGUUCUACUGUCCGUCGUUUGAUGCAGUGAUAGGGCCUGCAAAGGAGCUGAUAGACGAUGAUCAUCCGGCAGUGUACAAAGAUUUCACUUAUGCUGAGUACUUUAAGAAGUUUUGGAACAGAGAUAUUGCAACAGAGUCUUGCUUGGACCUGUUCAAAGCUACUACUAAUAACAAUAAUAAUUGAUCCUUAAUUUUGAGAAAUCUUAUGUUAGAUUUUGUUUCAAUAUGUUGCAAUAAUACAUUGUAAUGGACUAGACAUUCAUUGAAUGUCCCCCAUUAUGAUGCUUUGUUUUUUUGCCACAAUUAAUAUGAAUUUCAUAGU